AAUUAACGACUCAAAAUCCCCACCUGGCUCUCUCUCUCUCUCUCACUCACCUAUUCCAUAUAAUUAUCAAUCACGCUAUUAUCUGUGAAACUUUCUAGGGUUUCCUCUAUUCCGAUCCUUCAUCAAAUCUCACACCCAUUUUUCUCCAAAUUCUCGUUUCCGAUUUUACUCUCUAACAAUCAGACAAGUUCAUAGCUUUCUCGAUCUCAGAAAUCUGAGGAACAUUUUGGCUCAGCUCAAAGGGAUAGUUGUGUACAAAAGUUUGAUUUUUUAUAUUUUUGGGUGAUGUUUGCAAUGUAAUGUGGGAAUAAUUUGAGAUAAAUAGUGUUAAGUAACUCAGUUUUGAUGAGGAAGAAGAGGAAAGGAAGUGAUACUAAUGGGUCACCAAAUUUACCAGACGCUUUAACAUCCCCAUCAUUGAGUUUCACCUCACACUAUUCACUAGAAGACUAUACAAGGUUGAAGAAGAGGUGCAAAGAACAUGUUGAUGCUGAAUCUGUUGUUACCUGUAAAAAUAGGCUUGCUGGGGUUGCCACUGCUCCGCCGUGUGGGACUUUGUCUUCGGUCCCACCGGGGAGAGGGCUCAAGAGGAAGAUAGGGUGUAUAGAUGUUGCAACCCAAAUGGGUAGGAAGAAUAAGGUGGAGGAUGAUUAUAUUUUGGGUGCAACUAUUGGGAAAGGGAAAUUUGGGUCGGUUUGUUCGAGUCGGUCUAGAGAUAGUGGAGUGGAAUAUGCGUGCAAGACUUUGCGGAAGGGGGAGGAAACGGUUCAUAGGGAGGUAGAGAUAAUGCAGCAUUUGUCUGGUCAUCCUGGGGUGGUGACAUUGCGGGCCGUGUACGAGGAGCCAGAGUGUUUUCAUCUUGUGAUGGAGUUGUGCUCUGGGGGAUGUUUGAUCGAUCAGAUGAACAAAGAGGAUCAAUAUUCAGAACAUCGUGCUGCUAAUAUAUUCAAGGAAGUGAUGUUGGUUAUUAAGUAUUGUCAUGAUAUGGGAGUUGUGCAUAGAGAUAUAAAGCCUGAGAAUAUUCUUCUCACGAAAUCAGGGAAGAUAAAGCUUGCAGAUUUUGGUCUUGCCACAAGAAUCUCAAAUGGUCAGAACUUGACUGGAUUGGCUGGAAGUCCUGCCUAUGUUGCCCCAGAAGUCUUGUUAGGAAAUUAUUCUGAGAAGGUUGAUAUUUGGAGUGCUGGUAUCCUCCUCCAUGCUCUCUUGGUUGGUGUUCUUCCAUUUCGUGGAGAUUCCAAAGAAGCAAUUUUUGAGGCAAUUAAGAACGUGAAGCUUGAUUUCCACACAGGAGUAUGGGAGUCAAUAUCUAAACCUGCUCGAGAUCUUAUUGGUAGAAUGCUAACAAGGGAUUCUUCAGCUAGGAUAACUGCAGAUGAAGUAUUAAGGCAUCCAUGGUUAUUGUUCUACACAGAGCGCACACCCAAGACUCUUCCCCUGAAAUCAAAUUUGAAGAACCAUAGAGGAGCACCUAGAUUAAAGCCAGAUGGAAACGGGAUGCUUAUUGGCUCUCCCAAUGAGGUCUUGAGUCCUCCUCCAUCAUCUGAAAGUUGCAAGUCAGAGGAUCCAGAUGAUUUCUGUUUGGUGGAUGCGCUUGCCACUGCAAUCUCACAUGUUAGAAUUUCGGGACCAAAGCGGAGCAAACUGUGUGGUUCUACAGGCCCAAUAGAGCAGCAGGGUUCAUCUAACAUGCAGGCUAACAAUCUCUGCAAAGCAUUUUGACCCUACUGACAGACUGACUACCAAUAUCACUAUCUCCGCUGUUUUUUAUUUGGGGGAUUAAAAUUAACCCGACUCGGUGCAAAUGAUGAUUACAAGUUGAUGUUUGUAGAUCAAAAUGGUAACGAUCUAUAUCGAUGCUUGUAGCUUGAGCUCUUGUUGCAAUUCUUCUAUGUUUUUAUGUGUGCUGUUUUAACAUAAUAAUGAUGCUAAUCCUGAUCAACUGACGGAAUUAAUGUACAGUAUAUGUAAAUAGAAUGCAAGUAUACUAUGAAUUGAUUCCCCUUUACUUACAGCAUGGGCAGAUACCCUUUUUUUGUUAA